AUGACUUCGUUUCGUAAAGUGUCAGACAUCAAGCUCGACAUUGAGAAGUCAGUGAAACGUGAGGGAACCUUUGAUGUUGUGAGGAAGCAAGCGUUUGCAAUCGUGAACUCGGAUGGAUUUCUCGACGAACUUCAGAGAAGAGUGGCUGUCGAUAUACGAAAUAUGGUCCGAUGUAAUCCUGAGCGAUUGUCCAAAGAAGAUUUGAGAAGCAUGAUCAGACAUCAUCUGCGUACCAAGUACGUGCCGGAAAUAUCGGAGAAGGUAAACUCGUCUGUAGACAGGGAAUGGUUAAAAUCACAGCUGGCUGAUAACGUCAAAGAAAAGGUUGUGCUAAAGUUCUGUCGGGCCGUUUAUGGAAUAUUAUAUUGUCUUGCCAUCUCAAUGAUUUGCGUAGUAUCAUUGAAUGGCGGAAAUCAUGAUUUCUGUAACAGCAUUUUUGGCUCCCUCAUAGAAGCAAGUUUCUGA